CAGCACGACUGAACCAUGGAGCUUCGAGUGGGGAACAAAUACCGGCUGGGCAGAAAGAUUGGCAGCGGUUCAUUUGGAGACAUUUACCUAGGAGCCAAUAUUGCGACUGGUGAAGAGGUGGCCAUCAAACUGGAAUGUGUCAAAACCAAGCAUCCCCAGCUCCACAUUGAAAGCAAGUUCUACAAGAUGAUGCAGGGAGGAGUGGGUAUCCCCUCCAUUAAGUGGUGUGGAGCAGAGGGGGACUAUAAUGUGAUGGUGAUGGAGCUCUUGGGGCCCAGCCUGGAAGAUCUCUUCAACUUCUGUUCCCGCAAAUUUAGUCUCAAGACAGUUCUGCUCCUGGCAGACCAGAUGAUCAGCCGUAUUGAGUACAUUCAUUCCAAGAACUUCAUCCACCGGGAUGUGAAGCCAGACAACUUCCUUAUGGGCCUCGGUAAAAAAGGCAACCUAGUAUACAUCAUUGAUUUUGGUUUGGCCAAGAAGUACCGAGAUGCCCGGACCCACCAGCACAUCCCUUACCGGGAAAACAAGAAUCUGACUGGCACAGCCCGUUAUGCCUCUAUCAACACCCACCUGGGAAUUGAACAAAGUCGCCGUGAUGACCUGGAGAGCCUGGGCUACGUGCUCAUGUAUUUCAACCUGGGCUCACUGCCCUGGCAGGGCCUCAAGGCUGCCACCAAGCGCCAAAAGUACGAGAGGAUCAGCGAGAAAAAGAUGUCAACGCCCAUUGAGGUGCUCUGCAAAGGGUACCCUUCUGAGUUCUCGACAUACCUCAACUUCUGCCGCUCACUGAGGUUUGAUGAUAAACCAGACUACUCGUACCUGCGGCAGCUCUUCCGUAACCUCUUCCACCGCCAAGGCUUCUCCUACGACUAUGUUUUUGACUGGAACAUGCUUAAAUUUGGAGCAGCUCGGAACCCUGAGGAUAUGGAUCGAGAGCGGCGAGAGCAUGAGCGAGAAGAGAGGAUGGGGCAACUCCGGGGAUCAGCCACGCGAGCACUGCCACCCGGCCCACCUGCUGGAGCCAAUGCCAACCGUCUUUGCAAUGUCACCGAGCCCAUGGCCUCCACCCCCACUUCCCGAAUCCAACAGUCCGGAAACACGUCCCCCAGAGCAAUCUCAAGAGUGGACAGGGAGAGGAAGGUCAGCAUGAGGUUACACCGAGGAGCUCCUGCCAACGUCUCCUCAUCUGACCUCACAGGACGGCAAGAAGUGUCACGGAUUUCAGCAUCACAGACAAGUGGGCCAUUUGAUCACCUUGGGAAGUGAGGAGCAAUUGCCACUGGACCAGUGUUUGCUUAGUGUCUUCACUGUAUUUUUCUUUUAAAAAACAAAAAACCCAAAAAAACAAACAAAAAACUAAAAAA